AUGGCCACGUCGAAUUACACCCUCAAGGUCAACAGAGACCUGUUGGACCCCAACUUUGAGAGUUACCGGUUAUCCCUGGACGCCAUCCCCUCGUACAACGUUGAGCUGGACGCUGCCGUGGAGGAGGUGACGUUGAAGGAUUCUCAAUACACACUGGAACAUAUGCGUGCGUUUGGCAUGUACAAUUACCUCCACUUGGACCCCUGGUACGAAGACAGCGUGUUGUUUGUGGACUCCAAAGGGCGAGUGCUCAGUCUCACCGUCACACUGGACACAGUGCUGGGUAAGCCGAGAGAGGUCUUCCGCCUCCAGACUGAAGCGGACCAACGUGAGAAUCGUGUGUGCCCCUCCCUCAGCCUCACUUCAGCCACCUGGGCCGCCCUUUCUGACGGUGCCGGGCGACUCUACCUUCUUCGCACCAGCAAGCGUGGAGAGAGCACUCACGGAAAGUGGGAGCCCCUGUUCACGGAGGACAUGAAAGAGCCCUUCGUCAUCCUCCACAGCGUGGCCCACGUCCAGGCGGGCGCCCACACUCUGGAGGUCCUGCUGCUUCGUGUCGUCAAGGACCCUCAGGAAACGGCGGGAAGUGGGUAUUCGGUGACACUUGAGUGGGUCACCGUCGCCAACGUGGCGGCACAAGGCGUAGAGAAAAAUUACGAAGUGAAGAAGAGGCGGGUCCUUCAGGGAAAAACCGUUCCUCAUUAUGCCGCCGUCACACCACAGGGCGAUGGCCUAAUGGUGGCGUCAGAGAGGCCCUUCAUUUUCACGCACGUGGAUGGCGAGCCUCUUGACCAGCCACCACCGGAUGAGCAACUAAUUGAGGUGGAAAAGAGAGAUCCCAUCUACUUCUGGCAGCAGACGUCGGACGACAUCACAGUCACUGUGCGCCUGCCCGAGGGCGUGACGAAAGACGCAAUCCACUUCCGGCUGACGGUGGAUACCAUCAGCGUCGGCGUCCGGGGAUUCGCACCCCUGCUAGAGGGCCAGCUGUAUGCAUCCGUAGACCCUGAGGCCUGCACCUGGACACUGUGGGAGGACAAAAGCCUUGAAGUGAGCCUGCAGAAACGAACUGAAGGACCCAUGUGGCCAGAGCUGGUUAUUGGUGAUCGUCGAGGGGAGCAUGUGAUGAGCGAUGAGCAGGUUGCCCUCAUGAAUGAAAGGCUCACCCACCUGAGUUCUGAAGAUAUGAACGCUAAUCCAGAUUUGGACAAGCCAGCCUGCAACUCCCAGGAACUGGAGGACUGCGACGGCUACCCUGAGGACACUUCCAGCCUCAUGCAUUUUGACGGCAAGUCACUGAAGACCACUCAGGUGGUGAACUUGGGAAGCCAUCAAUUCCUCUUCACCGUGAGUGUGGACCCAGACCAGAUGCCGUGCCUGUGCUUGCGUCACGAUGUGGACGCGCUGCUGUGGCAGCCACGCCCCGACCAGCCCGCUGACAUGUGGGAGCACAUCGCCACCUUCAACGCCCUGGGCUACGUUCAAGCAUCCAAACGGGACAAGAAGUUCUCCACUUGCGCUCCCAACUUUUCCUACGCGGCGCUGUGUGAGUGCUUGCGUCGCGCCUUCAUCUACCGCCAGCCGUCCCCGGUGGACGGCGUGCUUUUCAACAGGAAGCAAGGACGGCAAGUAGGGCAGGUUGCCAAGCAACAGGUGGCAAACCUUAACUCGGACAAAGCCGUGCUGGGCUUCAGGGCGAGCGACGAGAGGCUCUUUGCCCUCACCUCUGGGAAUCUCUUUGUGCUCAAGGUGAAUAAUAAUUAA